CCAGGCCGGGGGCGCGGCGGGGGGCCCGGGGGAGCGCGGCCUGAGCGGCUGCCGCCGGGCCUGACCUCUCACCCUCAUGGCGCCUGCGCGGUGCGCGCGGGGCACGCCGGGAAAGCGAGUUCAUCGGGGGGCCCGGGGCGUGUCCGGGGGUCUGGGGCUGCGGUACCGGCGGGGACCGGCUCCGACGGGCUGGGACCGGCUACUGACGGCUCGCGGCCUCUGUCUUUAGCGGCGGCCCUCAGUGAGGAGGGCGCUGGGAAUGGGGGCCGGCUCCGCGCUGCUGUGGGAGCCCUGAGGUGCGGGCACAGCACCCGCUGCUGCCGGAGCAGCGCUGAGGGGAGGGAAGGGGCUUGGCAAGGCGAGGGGAAAGUUCUCAGGGGGCUUCGAAAAGCCCUUCUCCUCCUCCGAUUCCUCCUUUCCUAUACCUCUAUUUUCCUAUUACACUCCUAUUCCUCCACUUCUCCUCCUGCUGUUUGUCCCCUCGUAUUCCUCCUUUUCCUCCCCUAUUCCUUCUUUCCUAUUCCUCCUCUCCUUCUAUUCCUUUUCCCCUGUUUCUGUCCCUCUCCUCCUUCUGUUCUUUUCCUCCUCCUCCUGUUCCUCUCCUCUUCCUGUUUUUCUCCUCCUCCUCCUCUUAUUCCUGUUCCUCUCCUCCUCCCAUUCCUCCCCUCCCUCUCCCGUUCCUCUCCUCCCUGUUCUUGCAUUCCCCUUCGUGUUCCUUCUCUCCUCCUGCUCUUCCUCAUCUCUUCCUCUUAUCCAUCCUCUCCUCCUCAUCCUUCUCCAUUCCUCCUCCUCUCCUCUUGCUGUUCCUCCUGUUUCCAUCGUAUUCCUGCUCUCCCUACCCUGUUCCUGCUGUGUUUGCAGACAGACAGACAGACAGGCCGUGGCUGAGCCCACGCUCUCACACGUGUAACAAAACAAGACUCCUCCCCAAGACUUUCUGCCAGAUUUUCGUUUGUUUCCAUCAUUUCCUGAGAGCUUUAAUUCAUAUGGGAAGUGCUUUGUGAAAGCAGCCAAACUCGGUUCUUUCCCUGCAUGUUCUUACAUGGCAGAAUAUUAUAUUAUGUAAAAAGCUGUAGAUUUUUUUUUUCUUUGACCUCAGCUGAGUUUGGAUUCUUUGGCUGAGCUUUGCAGCUUGUUUGCCCCAAGGCUUCCUGUAAUCCUGUUUUUUGUUGCACCAGGCCUCUUCCCUCUGCCUCAAACACAGUGUGUGCUGUGCUGUGGUUUUCCUCCCCUCCCUUUCCUCUGGAAUUUAUACUUUGGUGAAAUUACUGGGUAGGAAAAGUGACUUUUGGAGAAAGGCAGAGCCAGCAGGGCAGGUUAAUGUUAAACACAACAUUUGUACUGAUUUAUGGCCAAACCCAACCAAGUUUCUCAUCCAAGGACCCUUUGCUCCAUGUCCUGCUGGCUCUGGAUUGGGAAAUGCUGCCAGAGAUCCCCUGGUGGUCCCUGAGCCUCUGAGGAGCUCCUGGGAAAAUCUCUUCCCCAGGAAUUCCCCAGGGUUUGGCAACACUCCGCAAACUCUGACCCUGGCUGGGCUUUUUGGGAUCAGGGAAGGGUUUUGCAAGGGGAUUGCAGCAGAAAUCUCCUGUGUCAGGGCACGUUGGCUGAGACACUGUCACACUCUGGUCAUCUUUCAGGGGGAGCUGGGGAAAAUUUAUGGGAAGUUGGGCAAAUGUUGGGUAAUAAGGGAGGAAAAGUGCCCCUUGGCACGUGCUGGGGAGGGCAGCUCUGAGUUGGCAGAACUGCAGCCUAAUUCUGCACUCUCUGCUUCAGUAGUCCCUGAAUUUGUGCUGUGCUGGGGCUGCAGAGGGGGCAGAAAGCAGCAGGUUUGGGGCUGUACAGCAAAAUGGGACUGAGCUGUGGCCAGCUGUGGGUUUCUGUGCUUGGCUUUGGGAAAUGCUCUCUGGGCAGCAGGAGAGGGGGGAUUCUGCCCCUGUGCUCAGGUGAGACCCCACCUGCAGAGCUGGCUCAGCACAGGAGGGACCUGGAGCUGCUGCACAGAGCCCAGGGGGGGCACCAGGAUGGGCAGAGGGAUGGAGCAGCUCUGCUGGGAGGAAAGGCUGGCACAGCUGGGGCUGGGAGAAGGGUGUGUGGAGACCUCACAGCUCCUUCCAGGGUCUCAAGGGUCUGCAAGAAAAUUUGAGAGGGAUUUCAUCAGGAACUGGAGUGGCAGGACAAGGGGGAAUGGCUUCCCAGUGCCAGAGGGCAGGGCUGGAUGGGAUAUUGGGAAUUAGGAAUUGUUCCCUGGCAGGGUGGGCAGGCCCUGGCACAGGGUGCCCAGAGCAGCUGGGGCUGCCCCUGGAUCCCUGGCAGUGCCCAAGGCCAGGCUGGAGCAGCCUGGGACAGUGGAAGGUGUCCCUGCCCAUGGCAGAGGUGGGAAUGGAUGGGCUUUGAGAUCUCUUCCCACCCAAAGUGUUCUGGGAUCAAAAUCUCCUGGUAAGCUGUAGGGAACAAAGCCCAAAGCAGCAGGAGGGGUGUGGGUGGGGGAACAGCCUCGUGAGGGGAAAUUUAACCUGGAGCAGAUUGCUCCAGGUUUGGAAGGAGCAAAACCAAAGAUUAUCAUUCAGUGAACACUGAAGCAUUCGAAAUAUGAGUGAGGGAAAAAUUUACUUUUCUAAAAGAAAUUAAUUUGAAAUUUGUGAAGCCCCCAAGCCCAAAAGCUCAUCCAGUUACUACUCCUUAGCCCACUGUCCUUGACAUCCCUCAUCCUCUAUUGGCUUUUGGAUUCCUGAGUGGAUUUUUCUGCCCCCUCUGAGCACUGGGGCCAGAUAGGAUAUCUUGGCUCAUCUCUUGGCCUGCAAGUGUUGUUUGCACUUGCCUAAAGAAGGUGAUACCCCAUAGUGCAAGGUCUGUGCUGUGCAAUCCAUGGGAGGAGGUGGAACAUCCCUCCCAGUUCUGGGGUCUGGAUAAAGGACUGCAAGCUCAGGAUACUGGGGCCUGUGUAAAUAUCCCUGGCUGGGUUUCACUGUAGCAUGUGUGCCUGUUCUUUUGAGUGGGGCUGAAGAAAUCAGUCUGAUGUUGGUUUAAAAAGCAGUUUGGAAAGAUGGUGCUGUGCAGCUGCCAGGGAAAUGCACGAUGGAAGGAUGCUUGGAGCCUCCCUCCAUUGUGUCCCCUGGAGGGUUAGGCCAGGCCUGCAUGUUGGAGAGGAUGGAAGUGCCUGAGCCUUGCAAGGAGGAGGAGAAAAGGGAAGGUGGAUUUGUCCCCCCAGUAACUGAGAGGCAGGAUGGGUUUCACAGCUGCUCCCAGUCCCUAGGUAGUGACAGGAGAACAAAGUGCCCCUGUGAGGAGCUGGCAGCCAGCAGUGCUGCAGCUCUGUCCCCAAAAGGGGAGUGUCCCUGGGGGAUUGACAGCCCACAGAAUUGUUUUCUAAGCUCUCUAAAGACAUGGCAUUGUCACAUCACUUCCCCAGCACUGUAGGCUCUGAAAAGCAGGCGAUAAAGAAGAAUAAUACACUUUAUAAUGUGCUGGAGGACACAUUUGGACAUGGUUUGCUGUCGAGGAGAGAUGGAAGGGAAAAAAGGACAGGGAGACACUGCUUUGCUGAUCUGCUGUGGCUCCUGGACUGUCUGGGUGGUCCUGGGGUUUUUGUGGAGGUUUUGUGUGUUGGGAGCAGCAGAACAUCUUCAGCAGUGGCCCUCACACCUGGGUGAGAAGCAACAGGAGCUGAGAGAUUACAUGGGAGGAAAGUUCUGCUUGAGUCACUCAACAAGAACGAGCAGUCAGCCAAUGGCCAGUCCCAGCCCAGGGAAUCCACAAACCCUCAGUUCAGGAGAAUGAGUGGAGAUUUCCCAUCAGCCAACGGAGAGGCUGGGGGGGAGGCCCCCAAGGGCUACACUCAGGACCAGCUGGAUGCAGUGAAGAGGGUAAAGCAGUGCAAAGAUUACUAUGAAAUUCUGGGAGUCAACAGAGAAGCUUCUGAUGAGGAUCUGAAAAAGGCCUACAGGAAACUGGCCCUGAAGUUCCACCCGGACAAGAACCAUGCACCAGGGGCCACAGAGGCAUUCAAAGCCAUCGGGAACGCGUACGCCGUGCUGAGCAGCCCCGAGAAGAGGAAGCAGUACGACCAGUUCGGGGACGAGAAGCUCAGCGCCGCCCGCCAUGGCCACAGCCACGCCGACUUCCACCGCGGCUUCGAGGCCGACAUCUCCCCCGAGGACCUCUUCAACAUGUUCUUUGGGGGUGGCUUUCCUUCCAGCAAUGUGCACGUGUACAGCAAUGGCAGGAUGAGGUACACCUACCACCAGAGGCAGGACAGGCGGGAGCACCAGGGGGAUGGUGGCCUGGGGCUGUUUGUCCAGCUGAUGCCCAUCCUCAUCCUGAUCAUCGUGUCAGCUCUCAGCCAGAUGAUGGUCUCCAGCCCACCCUACAGUUUGAGCCACAGGCUGUCUGUGGGUCACACACACAGGAGGGUCACAGAGCACUUGAAAGUCCCCUACUACGUGUCCGAGAGCUUUGCCGAGGAGUACACGGGCACGAACCUGAAGAACGUGGAGCGGAGCGUGGAGGAUGACUACAUAGCAAACCUUAGGAACAACUGCUGGAGGGAGAAGCAGCAGAAGGAAGGCUUGUUGUACCGGGCACGCUACUUCGGGGACUCGGACCUGUACCAGCGGGCACAGAAGAUGGGCACCCCCAGCUGUAGCAGACUGUCAGACGUCCAGGCCUCCCUGCACGGAUAGUGCCAGCCCAAAGCGUCCAAACGCCCGAAGACUUUUGGGGAAGUGCACUGAGCCGAGGUGACAGACUUUGCUCUUUAAAAAGAAUCAAACCUUACUUUAAACAUGGAAUUGGAGAAUUAGCAACGCACAACUGCCCCUCUUUCUUCUCUCUGCCUCUCUCUGACGAUGGCAGGCAGCGCUUGGGACAGGAAAUCCAGCUCUCUGUCUUCCUCCUCCCCUCCCAACGCUGCUGGCGUGCUCCCAGGAUCCCACAAGGAUCCCACAGCCCCUGGAACAGACACACAGAGUGUAAAAGAACCCAGACUAACUGUAGAAGCCUGAAGCAGAAGGAGACCCUUCGCCGCUGCUAAUGGAGAGAGAAGUGGGAUUUUGUUGAUAAAAGAAGACACUAAAGAAAAAGAAGAGAAAAUAUAAUCUAUUUAGCAUUAAUUUAUAGCUGUAUAUAUGUUGUACUUUUAAACUAUGCAGGGGUUGGAUGAUUAAAUUAUUUUGGUUUCUGCCCAUUUUGGGGAGCAGGGCAGCAGGAAGCCUCUUCCCAGCGUGUCUCUGUCCACAGCACUUUCCUGCCUGGAAAACAGGAAUCCCUUUGCAGUUGCUGUCCUUUGCUCCUGGGAGGACAUUCUGUGGAUGGGGACGUCCAUACACCUGCUCUUGGGGUUCUGAUGACACCAAACCCCAAAGGUGCAGGGCUCCCAGAGAAGGGGGGAGCCCGUGCAGAGCCGUGGAUUUGCAGCGUCGGCGGAGCCGGGGGUCAGCUGAGCCGCCAGCCAGGGGAAGGAUUGUCCUGGAUGGAUUUUGCUCGUCAGUCUUUGGUUGAUUUGUGCAUGUAACUCCUUUUUCUGCCGAGUCUGCUGGAAUUCUGCCUGGUAAUCAGCGUGCUCCAUGCAGAGAGGGCUUUCCAACAGCCCUUUGUUGGGAGGUGCUGUGCUCAUCCCCCCAGGCACCCAGCCCUGCCCUCACACCCCGCCUCGUGUUUCCUGCAGGACACCUGCAAAAUGCCACAGAUCCAUUAGGAACAAAGCAUUCUGUUGGAAGAAGUUCUGCUGGGGGAGAUCAGGGGGUGUCUGAUCUGCCCUGUGCCUGCCCCACCAUGGGCAGGACCAGCGUGAGCUGCUCCAGGUGAGUGAGGAGCCAUCUCUUGGAAGCAAAGCCAGCACGAGCAGAGCCACUUCCCAUGGAAUAAACUGGAUUAUUUAAUUUUUUGGGUUUUUUUUUUUUGUUUUUGCUGCUCUGCAGCUCAUUUGUGUCUAAAGACAUUUCCAGUGCAAACCCUGGCACGGUCAGGGGAUUGAACUGGGAGCACAGCAGCUCCCGGGUGGGCUGGCAGAGGAGGUUUUAUCCCGUUGUCCUUAGGAAUCCAUGCGCUCUGUCUUGGCUGUUUAUUUAUUUUGUGAAAUCUCAGCCUCCCGUUGGCUGCAGGCCCUGUUAUCCCACAGCCACCACGGCUUGGACCUGAUUUUAAGGGGUUUUAUUAUUUCUUUUUUUUUUAAUGGUUCCUCCACCUUCAGAAGAAAUUGGGUGGAAGUUCAGGAGUGGAAAUGGCGCUCGAUAGAGGCACAGGGAUGAUGGGGACGGGGUUGAACCAAAAUCCUGCUCACAGAAGGAGCUGGAUGUGUUGCCCAGUGCCAUUCCCUGCCUGGAGCCUGCCUGCCAAAACCUUCAGGUUCUUUUUCCUGGUAGAUACCCACGGAUCACAAGGAGGGAGAAGGCAUCGAUCCCAGUGGAUGCUCACAGAGGCUGUAUCUCUCGAUUUAGUUAAUUAUACAAUUGUACAUCUAUAAAUAAAUGUUUAUAAUGUGAAAGGC